AAAGAGUUGUCAUCAGACGCGAACGUUUCAUAAAAGCGAGAAUGGAGGCGGCGAAGAGAGAAAGGCAGAGAGAAGGGACCAACGACGAAGCUUCACACGGAUUUCUCUUCCUUCCUCCUGAGAUCAUCACGGAGAUUCUCCUUCGAUUACCGACCAAAUCGAUCGGGCAAUGCCGGUGCGUAUCGAAGUUGUUUUGCUCUUUAUCGUCGAGUCCGUGGUUCGUGAAGAGUCACCUCGAACGAUCAAACCACAGGAAGAUGAUCGUGUCUACGUAUAAUCUAUACUCGGUGGAUGUGGAUUCGAUCGGUGACGGAUGUGAAGGAAGUAGGGAAUUAGUAGCGGCAGUGGAACUCAAUUAUCCGCUUAAAGACGACCCGAGCAUGAUGGAUCAGAUAGGAAGACAUUCAUAUAGAAGAAGCUGGGUCGUGAUCGUUGGAUCUUCCAACGGUUUAGUGUGUCUAUCUCUUGGUGCUAGUUAUAAAAAAGGUCCUCUUUUCUUGUUUAACCCAACCACCGGAGAUUCCAAGAGAUUACCUGAAGCUCCUGUUGAUACUACUCCUGUAGAAUCAUUUAAUUUCCGAAGUUAUGGAUUUGGCUUCGAUGAUCAUACUCAUGAUUACAAAGUGGUGAAGCUUGUUGCUACUAGUGAGUCUAAUCAACAUAUUCUCGAUGCUAGUGUCUACUCCUUGAAGGCAAACUCAUGGAGACGGAUCUGCAUUUUGAAUUAUAAAGGCAGCAAUGCCUUCCACACUUGCGGUGUGCAUUUCAACGGUGCGAUUCACUGGGUGCUCACUCGUCAUGAGGACCAUAGAGUAAUCCUAGUCUUUGAUCUUACAACCGAGGAGUUUCGAGAGAUGCCAUUUCCUGAUGAAGCUGAGGAUUGUUCCCAUAAGCGUGGAGAGUUUAUGGUCGGAUGUCUCAGUGGACGUCUGUGUGUGGUCAAUCAUUGCAACGGGCAGCACGAUGAUAUAUGGGUAAUGAAUGAGUACGGUGAAGCUAAAUCGUGGAGCAGAAUGCGGAUCAGCUUGUCGUACUGGGUGAUGAGACCACAGUGUUCGACUAAGAACGAUGAUGAGGUUCUUCUGGACGUUGAUGGAGACAUGGUGUUGUACAACUUCAAGACUGAUGCAUCCAGGAGAAUGAGUAUUCGCGGGUAUAAGGUCGGUGUUGGAUUCGAGGCCGAUACAUACGUUGAGAGCCUCAUAGCACCCAGCUCUUAUGGCAAAGAGAGCCGAGCACGUCUGCUUGCUCUAUUACGUCUGCUUGUUAACUUCAGAGAGACAAUCUAGUAUUCUGUCUGAUAUGAUCGAGCUACUGAGUGAUGGAUGGGAUCAACUGGGCGUAGAUGACUAAAUCGUGUUUAAUCUAAAGCCUUGUUAGGUUUAUUGUUUAAUUAACGAAUGGUCAAUGAAAAUUGAAGUUUGAU